GUUUGUCCCAUGUCCCAAAAAAUCGGGCCAUUCCCGCCUCUUCCCACCAACACCAUCGAGUUCCUACGGUGACCACGGAUGAUUGGCCUAAUAUCGAGAUACUAACGGUUAAUAUAUGUUCUCCGGCGGUGCGUCUUCUCAGGAUGGUUGCCAGAUUUGAGCGAAACGCACGAAAUCCACUGUUGGUCCCGGAAAUUGUUGGUCUUGUCAUCAACAAUAUUUACAAUGUCCCGUACCUUCUGAAUUGCGCUGGUGUGAACAGCAUAUGGAACGUGGCCGCUUUAAAGAAGCUGUACAAGGGCUCUCUGGACGACAUGCAGUUCCGCACACCGGACAUUGGGUCACUCAAUUGCCCUUUUGUAGCAUCGCGGAAGCAAUUCGCCCGCAAUAUGAGUUUCGUGAAGCAUCUUCUUCUUUCUCCUGAGAGACCCGCCAUUGAUGAAGUCGAAGGGCCACAUACUCGGCUUGUAUGCUUAGAGAAAUGUCGCGCAAUGCGUCAUCGUCAAUACGCUGAGUACCUUCUGCAGCCGCGGGGAAGGGUUCUUUCAAGUCUCACAAUCCCUUUCGAGAUCAAGGAUCAAGAUUGGUCGCUGUUUCCUGACAUCCUUAUCAACCCAACCAUUGAGUUUUUGGCCAUUGAUAGUUACUACUGUAAACUGAUUGUUAGCUCCCAAGAGUUCAUCAAAGCCUCGGUAAGUCUGGUCUGCUGGGGAGCUCCUAUCAUACCUUCAACAACAACAAAAUCUCAAGGUAAUGGCGCUGGACGGAAUUUCAUGGCCAAACCUGAAGGCCUUGUAUAUUCGAGAGGGGGAGGAAGACUGGUUGGAUCAAUUACCAGAAUUCGAGAAACUUCAAAUCCUCAGCUUGGAAAAUCUUAGGCCGGAAAUACGCUUCAUCGACCAUAGUAUAAUUGAGAAUAUAGCAUCAUGCCAACAUCUACAAGUUCUCAAUCUGCACUUCGGUGAGUUUCGCGACGAAGAAGAGCUCAUCCAGAUCGCGCGAUGCUGCCCGCUUUUACGAGAAUUUAGCGUGGGGUGCAUAGACUUUAGGGAAGACCCAACGUUAGGGGAAGACCUGCUGCUAGGUCUGUUGCCUGCUCUGCCUCACUUGGAGUUUCUCGUUCUGGGAGUGAAGUUCCAGAUGCACGGUGCACUGCUUCAAGAUAUCUCACGUCACUGCCCGCGACUGACAGUGCUUGACCUGCCUAUGACUCA